AUGGAUAGAGUGACAAAUGAGGAGGUACUCAGGCGGAUGGGCAAAGAUAAAGAGCUCCUAUCAACAGUGAAGGAAAGGAAGUUACAGUACGUCGGUCACACCAUGAGGGCAAAAUUGAAGGCAGGAGAUCAGUUUUGGACCAGGGCUCCCGAAAUGCCGUCUCCAUCGGGCACUGCCAUUCAAUCGGCUCAGCUUCUCCUUCUUCUCCUGACCUUCGUUCUCCCAGCACUCCUCCAGACCGUCGUCAAAACCACCAAAUGCAAGCUGAGCGAAUUUACCUGUUCCAACGGACGCUGCCUCCCGUCCAACCGUUACUGCGACAACAAGAACGAUUGUGGUGAUUCGUCGGACGAACCUCGAUAUUGCACAAGAUGUAACCGCACAUACUACGGAUUGAUAGGAAAAACUUACGAUUUGGAGCUGCACCGACCCAAAGAAGACAAAGUACCGUUUGUCUGCCAUCUUACUUUUGCUGCAGCAGGCGGUGAAUAUGGAGAUUUAAUUCAGGUAACGUUCGACAGUUUUACAUUGGGUCGUUUCGUAUCGUUCACUACGGACGGCUGUCCUGAUGGUGCCUUACAAAUCACGGAGUCCAACCGGCCUCAGGUGGGCGGCUCAUGGUGCGGGACGUCAUGGGGGCCCGUGAUGUACUACAGCGAAACGAAAUCCAUCACCAUCCACGUAAAUCUGUACAAGCUGUCGAAGGUGGAGAACGGAUACAACUUUGAUUAUCGAAUGGAGUUCAAGUUUCUCAAGAAAAGAUCUGCGAUUGUGCGAUACGGAGGCAGUUUAUCUCUACCACAUUACAAUUUUACCAUUCCCACCCCUGUACCAGAACCGGACUACUACCUGGGCGAGCUCAUUGCAGGGACAUAUUGUUCACGAAUAUUCAGCGACUGUGAUAAAAAACACUGCCGUCUUCAAUCACCCAAUUAUCCUGGAAUAUACCCCAGGAAUCUAACUUGUUAUUAUGCCGUAAGACAACACGAGAUACCACCAGGAAAACACGCUCUAAUAACGGUGCGUCAGCCCAAGGGACAGCUCGUGUCAAUAAGGAGUCAGUCGAUGUUGUACGGCACGGCUACUCCCAAGGAGCUGAAAGUCUGGAACGAAUGCGACGACGUUCAAGAUUACGUUACUGUCUACGAUGGAUAUACGACAAGAGACGCCAUCAUUUUAAAAUUUUGCGGAGGCGGAGAAGCAGUCCCAGAGGCUGUAUCAAGCGGCCACGAGCUCUUAGUCGAGUUUUCUACUUCGCCUUACGGAACUUUUUUACAGCCAGCACCCGUACAAAGUUUGCACGGAUUUCAACUGGAAGUUGAGGUAAAAUUUGUCGACCAACAAACACCAACGUUCGUCAAACAAAAGCGAAACUGUGAAUUUUGGCUUAGGGGUACCAACAGAGGCAUUCUAGAGAGCCCUAUACACUCACUGCCUGCCAACACGACAUGCCUCUAUCAUCUCCAGGGUAUGGACCCGUUAGCGUCCACAUCACCAGCCCCUUUUCGACCUAUUAACAGCCGUUACCCCGACUGGAGAUCGGUGGGCAUGAUAACGCCCCCUCCCCGCUAUCGCGUCUGGCUAUCUAUAGUCAAAUUUCACGCGGGCAACUCGUGGGAUCCCCAGAAACCCGACAGGAUGUGCAGAAGUUAUCUGAACGUGUGGGACGGACAGUUGUGGCAGCCGAGCAAUUGCGAAGGUCUCUUUUGCGGCCCCAAAGAGAAGUACAACCCUAAAGGAUCCGGCGCCCCCGCCAAGUCAGUGUCCUCCUCCACCUCCUCCGGCGCUAAGGGUGGCAAAAACGUGACGCUCCUGGCCAGAUUCUGCCGGGAGCACGUGCCUAGGAGCUGCGAGCACUCGCUAUUGGCCAACGCCACGAGGAUCACUCGACCGUGCAGCUUCACCGAGAGCUAUCUCACGUCCGGCGACACCCUCACAUUGGAAUUAAAACUGGCUGACUCGACGGCCCUGAAGCCUGUAAGUUUUAAAGCUCUCUACGAGUUUGUCGAUCUGCAUCAGGAUGGUGAGGCUUUUGGUGAAGGCCCAUGCUCAAGAAGAUUCGGCUCAUUAUCUAACGAAGCGCAGCAAAAGUUUCGAUCACCAGGUGAUAUUUUCCUGUAUGGACGAGGUGGAUCCAAAAAUAUCAGUUGUAUUUAUCGGUUCGAAGCUCAGAAAGGCGAGAAAGUGAAAAUCACUCUGACGGAUGUGAAGAUAAGGAACAGGAACUGCGAUACAAGAGUUAGUCGAGAUAUUGAAAGGGUUGAAUGCGUAGGAAACGUAUCGGCGACUAUACGAUUGUUUGAAGUGCCUUGGAAUGAUGUACCACCAACACCCAGAGAUUGUCUUUGCGGAGUCGACAAAACACGCCUACUACCUUACACUUACAUCUCGUCUUCCAACAUCGUGGAAUUGAGAUUUGACGUGACAGGAAUGAAUUCCAGUGACGACUUGAGCACGCUUUUCUUCGAGGGCAGUUGGAAAUUUAUUAGGACACCCACAUGCGAGCUGGACCUUCGCAAUCGAGGAGCUAACGGCGAACUCAUCUUCACGCAUCCGGCUGAAAGAAGAGAAGUUAAUUGUGAGACCAAUCCACGUGUUUUACUGCCAGGACCAGAAAAGUUUCUCUAUGUAAAAAUUGGAGGUGUUAUUUUGGAGCAUUCAAGUAGAUGGAGCAACAACAAUACGCUAAGAUCUAUAUCAAGCACUGGCCAAUCGUGUAAAACUGCCAACCGAAUAGUUAUUCAUACAGCUUUAUAUACAGCUCUCAUAUGUCCAGAACCAACAAUUUCAAGGGAUAAAAUGGUGGAGGUAUUCUCGGAAGGUUGGCAUAUAAAAGUGCUUUAUAAAAUCGAAAGUUCACGGUUCCAUGGUGUAAUGGUUAGCACUCUGGACUUUGAAUCCAGCGAUCCGAGUUCAAAUCUCGGUGGAACCUAA